UACAUACCGUCACCUGCUGCUUUAACCCCGGAAACAGAGCAGUGCAAACACAGCAAACAGCUCCAGUUUUUCUUCUUCCCAGAAAUGUUUAUAUAGGAAGAUCUAUCCUUUAUAUUUAAACAGGAGAACAGCGAAAGAAGGUAAAAUACAACUCGGUUACCUUCAAUCAUCUGCAGGUACUGGUCCCGGUGAAGAGCGAGUGCGGCUCCUCGAUCUGAAGCAGGAGAAAUGUGGCUGAUCGUGUUGGCCAGUUUACUUCACUGCGCCUCGGCUUAUGAUGUGGAUCUGAAGAAGCUGGAGGGGCUGGCAAGAGCGAGGGUGGAGACGUGUGGUGGAUGACAGCUGAACAGGCUCAGAGAGGUCAAAGCCUUUGUGAUCCAGGAUAUUCCUCUUUACCAUAACCUGGUGAUGAAGCACAUUCCUGGCGCAGACCCUGAGCUUGUCCUCCUGAACCAUUAUUAUGAAGAGCUGGACCGCGUCGCCCUGUCUGACAUGACCCGCUCUGAGAUAAAUGAGCUGCUGGGGAAACUGGGUUUCUACAAGAAGGCUCAGGCCGAGGCCGAGGUGCCGGAGGAGUUCCGCUUCUCUCCUGCCAAAGACAGCCCGUUCAAAAAUGAGCCUGCCUACCAGCCUUCUGCUUCAUCUAUAGCCACAGAGAGUGGCUCCUCAGAGCCCAGCACAGAAGUCAAACACACUGACCUGUAAGAGUAGACAUCAGCAGUAACAGUACCCCUAUAGCUCCCUUAGCUGCUCCACAACCAGCUGAUUAUCACAGGUGACAGAAAUGUUUGUAAUUUCAGAGCCUAGCAGAUUACAGAUGAGCCCGUCAGCAGGCCUUUGUAGACGCUCCACAGUCUGAAUUUGCACCUUUUUUUUUAACGCCACUGUCCAUUGUGUUGUCAUCUGUUGUAAUGAGCUUGAGCUCUUUUGUGUGUCUGUGAUUGCCUCUGACCUACUGUGAAACUAAAUGAAGCCUCAGGCUGAAAAUCGUCUGACUGGCCUGGGGUUGAUGCUGCGUGUUCUGGUGGGUUGGGCUGAUGCGCACAAAAAGACUCAAGUGCAUGGAAAGUAAACCAUUUUUAAAAAGAA